AUGACUGUUACCUGUGAAUGCCGCUACUACAUAGUCACCCGGCUACCUGACUCUCUUCGCUUAGUCAGGGACCACUUCCUCUCAGUUUGCCCCACCACACUCACCGUUGACCUCCUCGAGGAGCGCCUCCUAGCAGCAGAGAAGAGCAUCGUAGCUGUAGGAGCCUCUCGUGGUGACCCUCGCACCCCCGUCUUUGAGGGGUGUUCUCCCUCCCCCCUCUUGCCCUCUCUUAGUUCUGCUGCUGCUGCCGACCUCGUUGGUUUCUACGGGGUCGGCGCUGUAACUGCCCCUAGCGGGCGACGCCGCACCGGCAAGGGCAAGGGGGGCAAGGGAGCUGGAGGGGCCAGCGGGGGCGGUGGAGGUGGUGGUGGCGGCGGUGGAGGGGGUGGGGGUGGUGGUGGGAGUGGAGGCGGAGGAGGCGGCGGUGGUGGCGGAGGGAGCGGAGGUGGCAGAGGUGGCGGAGGCGGCGGAGGUGGCAGAGGCAGCGGAGGAGGCAGAGGCGGCGGCGGCGGCGGUGGAGCUGGUCGCGACUUUGCGCAGAGGAGUGGGUCCGGUGGUGGUCCGCGCCAGCAGCAGCAGCGCAGUUUCCCUUUCCUCAUCCCAGUGUAUUUGUCGUUCUCCCCUUAG